GCCGCCUCCCGCGCCCCGCCUGCCAGCAACCGCUGCUUUUCUCUGGGCGCCGUCCUACCCUCACCUCGAAGCAGACAUGAAGGGAGCCCGGGGCGACGGAAGCGCCCCUUUCUGCACCCGCCUCAACCACUCCUUCCCGGGCAUGUGGGCGCCCGAGCGCUCCCAGGAAGCGCGGGGCAACCUCACGCGCUCCCCGGGGACCGGCGAGGACUGCCGCUCGGUGUCCGUGGUGUACCCGAUUACCAUGCUGAUCACCGGCUUCGUGGGCAACGCGCUGGCCAUGCUGCUGGUGUCGCGGAGCUACCGGCGCCGGGAGAGCAAGCGCAAGAAGUCCUUCCUGCUGUGCAUCGGCUGGCUGGCGCUCACGGACAUGGUGGGGCAGCUGCUCACCAGCCCCGUGGUCAUCGUCGUGUACCUGUCCAAGCAGCGCUGGGAGCACCUGGACCCUUCUGGGAGGCUGUGCACUUUCUUUGGUCUGACCAUGACCGUCUUUGGCCUCUCCUCGCUCUUCGUCGCGAGCGCUAUGGCCAUCGAGCGGGCGCUGGCCAUCCGGGCGCCGCACUGGUACGCGAGCCACAUGAAGACGCGCGCCACCCGCUGGGUGCUGCUCGGCGUGUGGCUGGCGGUGCUCGCCUUCGCCCUGUUGCCCGUGCUGGGCGUGGGCCAUUACACCGUCCAGUGGCCCGGGACGUGGUGCUUCAUUAGCACCGGGGGAGGCGGCAACGGGACUAGCUCCCCGCACAACUGGGGCAACCUUUUCUUCGCCUCCACCUUUGCCUUCCUGGGGCUCUCUGCGCUGACCAUCACUUUCGCCUGCAACCUGGCCACCAUUCAGGCCUUGGUAUCCCGCUGCCGGGCCAAGGCCAUGGCAUCGCAGUCCAGCGCCCAGUGGGGUAGGAUCACCACUGAGACGGCCAUCCAGCUCAUGGGGAUCAUGUGCGUGCUGUCGGUCUGUUGGUCACCAUUGCUGAUAAUGAUGUUGAAAAUGAUCUUCAAUCAGACAUCAGUUGAACACUGCAAGACGCACCCAGAAAAGCAGAAGGAAUGCAACUUCUUCUUAAUAGCUGUGCGCCUGGCUUCACUGAACCAGAUCUUGGAUCCCUGGGUCUAUCUGCUGCUAAGAAAGAUCCUUCUUCGGAAGUUUUGCCAGAUCAGGAACCACAAAAACAAGUAUGCAUCCAGCUCCACCUCCUUACCUCACCAGUGCUCCUCAACAUCGAUGUGGAGUGACCAUUUGGGAAGAUCAUGAAAGAACAAAGAUGGACUUUUUCUUACAAUUCCUGCUUCCCCGAAUUUGUGUUUUCCUUCCCACCUGAGGAGAAUUUUAUAUUUUGAUUUGGAUUGUUUCUUAAUUUUCAUCUUUUUUUACUUUAAUUUUUUUUCUUGUCAGUAAUACCCACUGAGAAUAGGUUUAUUCCUGCCUCUGAGCAUUAAACUUCUUGAGCUGGAUUGUGAAUAUAUAUUUAAGAAAUUGGGCAGGAUUACAUAGAUGAUGAUUGGUGAAAAAGUGAAAAAAAAAAAAAGAAAAAACCAUCUUCCAGGAGUUUGUCCCCAAUUUCCAUUCUCUACCUGAAUUU